ACUCCCAGUAAACACUCAUGCAAAGGAAGAAGAGUUUUGGUGAACGUCAGCUCUAAGCAGAGCUUUGUUGUUGUUUUUUUUACCGUCAUUAUUAUAAUUAUAGGACCAGGACCUCUUACACUUAAAGGCUCUCAGAAUGACAAAGGCUAAGAAAAUGAAAAGGGAAAAGAUUAGUGUUGCGACUGAGAUUGACCGUAUUGAGGAGCAGCGCUUGAAGUGUCAGAGUAGCCUGGAGAGGGAGGAAUUCAGACAUCGACGUGAGGAGCUCUCAGAGGAAGAAAAACAGGCUCUUGAGGAUGAAAUGGAGAUCAUGAACGAGAGGAUAAAGACGUACGAGAAGGAGCUCGCAGAUUUGCGAGGUGAGAACAGGAGGAAUAUGAUGCUGUCUGUAGCAUUGCUGGCCAUCACUGCGCUUUUCUAUUACGCCUUUGUUUAUUGAGGACACCUGUAGCCACACCGCCGCCUUGAGCCGUCAUCCAUCUUCUGUUUUUAGAAGGCUAGUAGACCGAUGCGCCUUCAUGAGUGCAAGUCCGAUCGCUGGAGGCUUAAUCAUGGAUAAUAUGAACACAAAAAAAAUCUACACACCAAAUCUAUUAGCCAUAAUGUUAAAACCAUAUACUGUACAGGUGAAGUGUAUAACAUCGAUUAUGUCAUGACUGUGAGACCUGUCAGUGGUGGGAUUUAUAAGGCAGCAUUUGAACAGUCAGUUCUUGAGUUUGAUGUGUUGGAAGACGGAAAAAUGUGUAAAAAUGUUUGUAAAGUUUUGGCGUCAGAAACCAAAGCAUACCUUAUGUGAAGUCUGGCACAACAGACGGACACUAUUUUAGAUAGGUGGUGUAUGUACAUCAUUUUACAUUAUUGGCUUCUGGGUUCUGAUUUAUUUAUUUUUUUUGAGUAAAUAAAAAAAAAAGACAAAAUAGAAUUGGAAGAAAAUAUAUGUAUAUUUGUAAAAACCCAUAAUGAGAACCAGGAGAAGUGAAAGAAAGUUCCACGUAUGUAUUGCGCUCAGAAAUCAUUUGUAUCACUGUUAACAUUUUUAAUAAGGGUGUAGAAACUUUUUGCACUCAUGUGUCAUGUACAGUAUGUGAUGUAUGUUCCGUUAGGGCAAAUAUGACGAUCUACACAAACAUCCUGUGUACGUGUCUCAUACUUGCCAAAAUCUACACUAGAUCUUACUACAUGUGUGAAUUUUGAUAAAACUGUGUAAAUAUAUAUAAAUAUUUCCGCUGCUGGGGUUUUUGUGUUGGUGGGUUUUUUUUUACAUUUAAUUUAUAUUGGAUAUACAUCAUAUACAUAUUUUAAUGAAGGGCCACUUUGGGUAAUGUAUUAUAUUCUAGGUAAUUUAUUUUGUUUUUAAAAUAAAUCCUCUGAUAGUUUUGAUCGUCUCUGUGAGUUACUUACUAUAGAAAUCCAAAUUGUAUUUGUCGGUACAACAAGCAGUGUAUGAUUGUGUAUGUGAAGGAUAAAAUUAGAAUUUCUAUAGUAACAACUCAUGUGCCAUGUACAGGGGCGGUUCUAGAGGCGGGGCCACAGGGGCCCUGGCCCCUGUUGAAAUCUGAUUGGCCCCUGAUUGGCCCGCGUUCCAUCAAUCGAGAAGAGCAUCCGGAGAAUUUUUUACAAACGAUCACAGAUGCAAUUCCACCCCCAAACAAUUGGCGGCACUCGAGCGUUUGAAAAAGGAACGACUGCCGCAAUGUAUUUGCACCGUACUGAAUAAAUUAUUUUGUGUGUUUGAAUGUACCCUGUACUUGGCCCCUGAAUGUAACAUGUGGCCCCUUAAUGGCCCCUGUUACAGAAAAAUCCUAGAACCGCCACUGGCCAUGUAAUAUAAGACUAAGAAUAAUCAGAUUUUAAUGAUAAAGUGGUAUUUUCCUUAAGGAGACUUACUAGACUUUUAUGCAAGGAGUCUUCACUGUAAGUAGUUUUCCGCCAUGGGAAAGUCUUCAGGAGUGAAACGACAAGCUCCAAGACAGGGAGAGAGCGUUUAUUAUUGCUAUAACAUAAACCAUUACAGGAAAUAAUAAUUUGUCUUGUUGAUGUUCCACAAUGAUUAUUAAAGUUAUUAUUAACACCA